ACAACCAAUAUCAAAUUAAAAACGAAGCAUGAAACACUAAAAACAUGCCAAACAUGUCAGUUUAACAAUUUUCCUACAAAAAUGGUCACCCCAAUGUUUGAUAUCGAUCGCGGCACCGCGCAGACAAGGCUAGUUCGCUAUUGCUCUGCGGCAGUCGCAUAAACAUGAAAACAUUUGUUUACUGGAUGUACCUAAAAACUCACUCCUUUUACUGUAAUUACUAAAAACUGAGUAUCAAAUCGAACAUUUGUGGAGAAACGUGUGUUUUGUGCGUCAAAAUGUAGCCAAAUCAUUUAUAAUCAUAGAAACAGUGGCGAUUGAGUUUAUUUGGUCCAACACGUCUAAACACAAUAAUGAAAUAAGAUGUCGGAACAAUGUGAACGUGGUAAAAUGAGCCGAACGCUGAGCGCGUUGGGCGGUAGAGAAGCAUGCGGGGCGAGGUGGACCCUCGGAGCCCUGCUGCUGGCGCCCCUGGCUGCUGCCAACUCCAGUUACUGCGCCGUGCCUGCUGUCUUGAUGCUCGCGUUAUUCGUCUUUAUUGCUACAUUCACAUGUAAAGAUCUUAAAAAGCUUGCCGAGAUACUACCACCGGCAAAAACAUCUCGAGGAAGACGCGAGAGAAAUGUACGUUCCUUCGCAGACUUCAUGGCAAUGUGGAUGACGUUCCUAUCGCAUCUUGUUGCUGUGGCUAUUUGUGCGAGGAUUCUCAGCGCCACAGCUGACCAUGUGACUGGUGGACGUACUAGAAGAUGGUUGUUCGGCUACGAGACCAGAGCUUUAGGAGAACCAUGGCCUGAUGUUCUGGGAGUAACAGUAGUUAUGAUCGUUUGUGCAAUGUUUAUGUGUGGAUUAGAAGAAAGCAUGAUGUUCACAUUUAUGCUAUUGAUCCUGCUGUAUGUAUUCAGCCAAUUCUUCGCAAUAUUCGGACUCAUCAAUUUGGACAUCGCCAACAUAAAUAUGCCUAUACCGGUCACGAUUUACGAGCUAUUUGCAGCAGGCGCCCCUAUAUCGUAUGCCUUCAGUGUUACAUUGCCGCCAAAAGAAUGUGGAACGCUGAAAAAGAACUUAUUCUUAAUGAUUGGCCUACCAACGAUUGUCCUGUCGGGCUUAUGUUUUCUUUAUACGAAUAUGUUAAAAGGGAACAGCAUCGACGCCGCAUUACCUGUUACGACAUUACUUGAAGCGAGGGCUGCAGGUUGGGUGUGUCCCGUUCUAGCUGCCGUCACUGUAGCAGGAGUGUGCUUGGCACUAACUGAGCUUUGCCCUUUACUGUUCACGGUGCUAGUGGCACUCGCAUCACCCGAAUGGAAGGUAUUGACUAAGUCUAUGACUUACGAGAGUACGACCACUGGGAGUCCUGUACUAGCUGUUUUUACUGCAGGGAGUCUGUCAGCAAUACUAGCGUUUGCUUGUCCCUUGUCGCACAUGAUAACGCUUAUGAAUGCGAGUCACCUGCUCGGCAUUUCUAUACAAGCAUUCCAUUAUAUCGUCAUGCGUUGUGUGCCGACGCCCGAACAGAUAGAAAUUGGAGAUAUUGAAUAUAAGCGUUUAGGCCGGGAUGUGCCACGUGGAAGCAAGUCAUGUGGAACUAAAAAACGGGGCCUGUGGUUUAUCCCAUCGGCUAUUCGCCACACCAAAACCCUUGAAAGUAUUAAAUCAAAGGUAACAGUUAAAGAAACUGAAGAACGCGAAUGUCUUUUACUCGACGACUACGCGGGUUGCCCAGUUGAAGAUCCGAUGACCAGUUGCAGCACUGACGCUAGGGAGAUGACGACAAUCGAGGCGGGCGACGUAGUUUCCGAUGUGGAAGCAAGUGACGGUGACAUUUCCUCAGGGGACGACUCUACUGAUAUUGACGCUGUGGUUAAAGAGUACAGAGAUAGGAUUCAGGUUGUGACGUCGAUCCCCGAGGCGAGCGCGCCGUCUCCGCCGUGCGUGCGCGGCGCGCGGUGGUCGGCGGCGGGCGCGCUCAUACAAGUGUUAGCUGACGCGUUUAUCGCGGCUGCGUUCUUCAACGAACACAUCAGAUUACCCAUGUUCGUUACUGGGAUACCAUUGUGGACCUUCGGUACUGUUAUUUGUAUGUGGCAACCGGCUCAUAACUUGGGUAUGAGGAAGUCUCAAAGCAUAGAAGGUCCUCUAACAAUGCUGGCCGCAUUGCUAUUCCUAACGCCUUUGUUAUUGGACUCGUGGCCUGCUAUAACACUUUUCGCAGGCGCUGGAGUAGUAAUAUACGCACGCUGCGAGCGCUGGUGCGGCGACCUGGCCGUGCAACAAGCCCGCAGCGCGAUGGAAAGGCGCAAACUGCGACACGUUGCCGCCACUGUACCGCUAGCUGGCGCCCGGCUCACUCAUAUUGACACUGUCUAUAUAGCCAGAUGACAUGAAAAUGACUCGGACACGAGUCUGGAUAAUUUGAUCGCUGAAGACGAGGAGCCAGACCCAGACGAUGAAUGACAUCAAGCCGAAGCCAUAGUCAUUAUCGCGACAUAGAUCACACCAAACAUUCCAUCAAGUAUUCGCAAACGGAUGUCUCUGAGAAAUAACUAUGGGCUCUUCAAACUAACGUACAAGAGAAAAAAAAAACAAAUUGUGUAGAAAUAGAUUCUGUACUAGUUACUUAACGUAUUGGACUCUUUCAUAGCAAACUUAUUACUUGUCAUAAAAGUACUACGUGGAAAUAAUUUUAUGAAAAUGGGUACUUUUAAACGUAUUAGACUAUUAUAAAUAGAAAAAUAUUUGUAUUAAAAUAGAGCCUUACUAACUAGAGGGCUAUUUGAAACGCUAUAGUCUUUAUAGUCGAUUAACAAUGCCAAUAUAAAAAUAGAUAUAUGCUAUAAGCUUGCUAGCUUAUAGAAUAUUUAUCCAAUAAACCUUACUAGGUUUCUUGGAUCUAGUUUGUACAUUCAUGUUGGAAUUUUUAUAUAAAAUUACCAUAGAGGUAAUACGUAUAGACUUCUUAAAAACAAUUCUAGUGCCGAAGUAUUGAUACCUAAAUGAAUCUAUCUAUUUGAAUUUAUUAUUCGAAAAGAAUAAGGCUUUGCAAUGGUAUAAUGUUCUGCUAAGCCAUUUCAUGAAAAAUUAAGUUUUAAUAAUGUAAAUAUUAUGAAAUUAAUAAUGCUUGCUUCAUAAACCUUUGAUAAACUUACAUCAUAACACAACCUAAUUCAGAAAAUAAUACUCAAAUUUGUAACCGCUUAUGACAAAAAAGGUUAAAUUAUUCUAGUUUAAUUAUAAGGUAAAAUUGUAUAAAAAAAUAUUUAAAUUAAUUUUAUAAAUUGUUGUAAGACAUCCGUCCAUUAUUUUAGCAUUGCGUUAGCUUGAACGCUUUGCUUGUUGCAAAUGACGUUAUGCCUUAAAACAUAAUAUAUUUUGAGCGAUACAUAAGUAAAUUAAUUCAUAUUUUUCAUAACAUACAUAGUAAUAAUAAUUAUUAGCUGCCUAAAUAGUAACGGUAAACAGUCUAGGAAAAGAGUAUUUAGUCUUAACUCUUUUAACAGGUCAAUUCACAAACAUAGACAAUAUUAUAAAUACCAUAGACAUAGAGAAUUAACUAUGAAUUCCUAUAAGCUGUAAAAUACUAUAAAUAUUAUCUUUGAUAUUUUGUAAAUAUUGGGAAAAAAAGAAAAUGAUAAAACGAUCGUGCUAGUAAAGGUUAGUUUAUUCUAGAUUUCUGAUUGUUUCAUAUCACAAUGAGCAGGAAGAAAUGAGUUCUGCACAUGAACAUUCAGGUAAGGAACAUCUUAGCUGUGCCCUGAUAAUGCUAGAGUCUAUAGGCGACGAAUACGCCUUACAACUGGCGAACCACUUUCUUGUUCGGCUACUGAGACAAAAAAUCAUGCGCCUUCAUAGAUGGCGUAGGCACAGUAGCAAUAUCUCUGCCUACAGAGUAAUCAGUAUUGUGAAGGUGCUUAGUCCAUUCUCUAUGUUUACGGUAAACAUAAAAAAAUCAAUAAAAACGAAUCUUGCAAUUCUUAAUAAUAUUUGAUAUCAACCACAAUGACCCAUCAUCUUCAUUAGGCCUACGUAGUUUAACGAUCUACAUAAAAGAAUUCGUUACCUUCGGUUUGCAAUAAAAACUCGCUAAUUUCUA